CUCAAGCGUCCCCAUUUGGAGUCUAUUCUCAAGAAAGGAAAAGACAGUGACAAACAAACACGUACUUACCAUCUUCUUCUCUAUUCUUCCAGCGGCGUUUAGGGCUUUCAUUUCCAUUUCUGCAGAUCCUCUCUCCUCGUUCGUAAGAUCCCUCUCUCUCUCUCUCCAUUUCUUUUCAUUAUCGUCUUUCUUCGAUCCUUUCUGUUUACGAUUGUCCUUUUCACUGUUUCUCUAUUACUAUUCUAUUCUGAACAUGUUGACUAUCAAACUCCCAACAUCUUGCCUGAUCAAAACUACUACACCAAGGAGAUCCAAUGCCCUGGUUCAGAGGCCAUCUUCUUUGUGUUCUGUUAGGAGCGUAUCCCGAGCAUUUGGAUUGAAGUCUUCUUCAUUCAGAGUGUCAGCAAUGGCUACUUACAAAGUGAAAUUAAUCGGACCCAAUGGUGAAGAGAAUGAGUUUGAGGCCCCUGAUGAUGCAUACAUUCUCGACUCAGCUGAGGAUGCUGGAUUGGAUCUACCUUACUCUUGCAGGGCUGGGGCUUGCUCUACUUGUGCUGGUCAAGUAGUUUCUGGGACAGUAGAUCAAUCAGACGGAUCAUUCUUGGACGACAAGCAGAUGGAGAAGGGGUAUGUUCUGACCUGCGUCGCAUAUCCACAAUCCGAUUGUGUGAUCCAGACGCACAAGGAAGGUGAUUUGUACUAAUUUCCUUGUUUGUGUGCAUUUUGUCAGUUGAAUCUGAUUGAACUUCAAUCAUGCUACACUGUUUGUGACUUAGUUUUUGAGGUUGAAUGUCUAUUGCAAUGCAAAAAUUGUGCUUAGUACUACUGCGAAUUUUAAGUUGCUGGUUUAGCUAAAGGCGAAGUAUCGAACAUCAUUCAUGAAUAGUGGAUAUCUGUUUUAGUU